CAUACUAAACAUUACAUUUGCCUUCAUCGUGAGCUAAGAUUUCCUCGCGUUUCUAUCGUUGACUUUAUUUACCGUUUUCACAAAAUCAAUACCGUAGUAAACCGAAAUGUGGCUUCUUCUUAAAGAAGCACAUUAGUCUCCGCAGAGCACAAAGGACGGCAGCCAAAGCUCUACGUUACACUGUUACUGCCACUACUGUUAGCUCGACACUUUUAACAAGUGCUAGCAAGAACGUUAACGUUAGCUAUAAAGUGUUUCUGAUUUGCCCACUUCAAUUUCUCAGUCAAUAAUCAGGGACGGUGAAAUAUAGCAAGUUUGCCAGGAACACUUCGGAUAGCUAUUUGUGCUAGCUAUGUUAGCAUAGCUCAUAGCCGUUUUCUGACUUUGGGUAUGUUCGUUUUGUUCAUUGUCUGCGUUAUGGUAAUGGUACAACGUUGCUAUCUAGCGUUGAAUUGCUGAAGAAAUCUUAGGUGGUUUUCUUACGAUGAUGAAAACAUGUAAUUUGUGUAGCAAGCACACACACGAUCAUGUUACUCUUUUAAAAGUAAUGUUAGCAGAUGAGCCAUAUUACUUGCUGCUUUUUGGUAAGGAGUCUGAUCUUGCUAUUGUUUGAAUUUGGCGCACCCUGGUGGACUGCAAACAAUUGGCUUGAAGUGAACCGGAUUUUGAAGUCAUUGCUAUUUGAAGAAUUAAAGGCCAUGGGUGCCUCAGGCCAGCUGUAAUUUGAUUAAUCCACUGAAAGGGUAGCCAGACGUGCUGUGCAUUCUGUAGGGAGGGAGGCUGAACAGCUUUUUAAGAGAUGGAGACCUUCGUAUUUUUAUUUUCAUUUUCUGCCCUUGGCAUUCUUUAUGCUAUGAACACCAUUCCUGAGUUUCAAGAGCCUUAUGUGAUCUUGGUGACUGGGGCUGCUGUGUUGGUGAUUGUGUUUCUGUUCUAUUUCCUCAUCACUCGUGGCAACCCACCAAAAGACGCUUUAUUCUUUGUUUUUGCUGUAUUUUCCUUUACCUGUGUCAUUGACCUGACGAGUGCCUUGGAAUAUGACGGCAUUAUCUCCGGCUUUAUGGAAUUCUAUCAAAAGACAGGAGAGCCCUAUCUGGGAACAGCCUAUGCCAUCAUGAUGUGUUACUGGGAUGGAAUAGCGCACUUUAUCAUGUACCUGGUGAUGAUCAGCAGGAUAACAGACAGGAAGGCCUACCGUACCCUGGGCUUGAUCUGGGCUGGCUCUUUGUGUGCCAACAUGACUGUGUUUGUUGCCGGGAUAGUGGCAGGUAAAUUUGGGUCAGAAAUCCGUCCAGCCUUCUGGCUCAACUUCCUGUUCCUUUUGGUGCCCGUAUGGGGAGCCAUCACACUAUUCACUAGGCCCAAAGACAGACCACUAAUCGGUGGAUACAAUGCCCAGCAUGCUCAGACCACCUCAUUGAUCUGGCGUCCCUUGGAUCUGAUCCUGGUCCUGCUCAUGUUAGCUGCAAUGGCCUUCACCAUCCUCAGAGGCUUGGUGGCUCUGGACUCUCCACUAGAAGCCUGUUCCAUCUACCUAAAGCAUUAUGAACCCUACCUGAAGGAUCCUGUGGGCUACCCCAGAGUUAUGAUGCUGCUCAUGUUCUUCUAUGGACUACCUCUUUUGGGUGCGUUUGUCUAUGGUCUCCUUAAGCCCGGGUGCACAUGGAUGUCAGACUUGACUGUGUUCUUCGCUGGAGCCAUGAUCCAGUGCCAGUGGGCCCACAUCGGGGGGUCCCUCCACCCUCGAACCAUAGCUCCAUUUCGUGUCCCAAAUGAUGGUUUCUGGUCUGUGCUUGCAGCUAACUUGCUCUACGCAGUCACUCCUGUCCUGGUGGCCUUACGGGUUCACAGUAACCCCUAUUUCUUCCUGAAGAUUGCCCCCUUUCCUGGGCAGACCGGUUUGCCAAACAGCGAGGAGAAAGAUACCAAGUACAAAGACAAAUAGCAACGCUUAAUCUUCUCUGACCUUUGGAGUUAAUUACUUAUCUGAUGAUUCAUGAAGAGCUGUUUUAUUCCAAAUGCCAUGUUUC